AUGAUUAAAUCUUCUUUCAGUUUGACUGGUCGCUUUCAGUUCAGACUUUUUGCAACUUGCUCUUUUGUUUUAACUUCAAAAUCUAUUCCGAAAAUUGACCCUAAAUGGUUAUACGCAACUGAUAUUCCAAUCACAAAACCAAAAUAUUAUAAUUAUAAACAGACCCAACAACCUAAAAAUUUUAUUUUAUUUUCAGAUAAUGAUUCUAUAAAUUUAGAGAAAACUUUUAAUUUGUUGAAAUCAGGUAAAGGUCAUCUGGACUCCUCAAUUGUCACAGUAAAUGAAGAUAAUCUAUUUAAAGUGGAUUUUGGCACCCAAACUUCCGACUCCAAUGGUAAUAAUCAUCACUUAAUCAAAAUGGGUCCUAUAUACUGGGAUGGCCCUAUUUAUGAAGUAAGAAGAGGUACUUGGUUUGAUUCUGAGGGUUCCCCCUUCAAUCCAAAAAUCUCAGCUCAAUUAGAAGAUGCUUAUCUUUCUAUCAAACCCUAUAAGAGAGAAAAUAGUGCUGAUUUUGAUAAUUUAGAGAAAUCAAACUUGUUUCCCUUAGAAAAUCUCUCUGACAAUGAAAUUAAAAUUUUUGGAAGAUAUAUCUUAUUUUUAAAUUCAACAACUGCUUGCUUAUUGCCCGAUAAAUCUUUUUUAAGUAAAAUUCAACUAAAUAUAGUGAAAUCAUUAUCCUUAAACAUCCCAACUUUUUCGGACAUUAAAAUUAUUUAUAGAGGCUACGCAAAUAUUAAAAAACCUCAUGAUUCCAUGAGUACCAACUCUUCAAAAAGUAUUGGAGAGCUGAAGCCAACAGAAGAUUCUAAUCAAAAUUUAGACCAAAAGAAAAAAGAAACUGAAGAAUUGAACGAAGUUCAAGAAGAUGAAAAGUUGACUGAAGCAAUGAGGGUAGAGAUUGAAUCCGAUUAUAAUGAUGAUAAAGAAUGUCAUAACCCAUAUGAUUGUAAUGACAGGGAAGUAGAUCAUUUAAUUCUUUGCGUUCAUGGAAUCGGUCAACUUCUUGGGACCAGAUAUCAGUACAUUAACUUUGUUCAUACAAUUAAUGUAUUGAGAAAAUCAUUGAAGAGAGUCUAUUCUAAGAACCCUCAGUUUCAAGAAAUAGCUUAUCCAAACUAUGAAAAAUAUUCUGAAAAUGAGAGUAUGGACGAAAGAUUGAUAAGCGAAAUGAAACACAAUUGUAGGAUUCAAGUUUUGCCAAUUUUCUGGAGACACAAAAUAGAUUUUGAAUCUGCAAAAAAAGAUUUAAAACUUCCUUCAUUAAGUGACAUUUCCAUUGGUGGAGUCAAGCAAAUUAGAGAUCUAGUUGGUGAUGUACUUUUGGACGUUUUACUUUAUUAUGAUCCUUUUUAUUUCAACGCAAUAUUGAACGAAGUUACUACCGAAGCAAAUAGAAUUUAUGAUCUAUACUCGAAAUACAAUCCAAAAUUUAAAGGGAAAGUGAGUAUUAUUGGUCAUUCACUAGGUUCAGCUAUAACUUUUGAGAUAUUAUCUAAACAACCAGAACAAUUGGAAAACAAAAAUAAUCAAGGGAAAUUAAAUUUCCCAGUUGACAAUUUUUUUGCUCUUGGUUCACCUACCGGUCUUUUUAAUUUGAUUAAGAGAAAAAAAAUAGGAUCAAGACAAAUUUAUAAUCUAGACAAUACAGAAAAUAUUAUGUCACUUCCCAGAUGCAAUAACUAUUAUAAUAUAUUUCACCCUUCUGAUCCUGUUGCCUAUAGAGUUGAGCCUUUAAUUUCACGAACCUACUCGGAAUUUAUGCCUUGCUCUAUUCCCAAUUUGUUAGAUAAUCCUUUAGAUUCAAUAAAACAACAACUAGAAAGUAUUACCAAUAUAAGUGAAAAAUUUGUGGAAAAAGCAGCCAAUGCUUUAGAGUUGAAGUUUGGGAGUACAGUUGAGAAGAAAGAACAAAAAGAAGAUUUUGAUGAAAAAAAAUCAAAUAAAGUGAAAAUAAGUAAAGAUUCUUUUGAUAUCAUGAAAGGGUGUAACUAUUCUGGAAGGGUUGACUAUGCUUUAUCGGAAGGUUAUUUUGAUAUUUCAAUCAUUUCAGCCAUCGGCUCUCACGUAAGCUAUUUUGAAGAUGAAAAUGUAGCUGGAUUUUUAUUGAAGGAACUUUUGACGAAAAACAAAAAUGAUUUGAGAGAGUAUGCUAAACUUAACAAAUAA